UGUUUGAUACUUACACUUGACAAAAAUCAAGUAACAAUGUCCCAAUAUGAAACAAUUUUUUGUGAUUAGAUUCCAGAUUUAGAAUGCUUUUUCGGUCAACUGGACUGACUUUUUUUCAGAGAUACUCCAUUUGCUUUUAUAAAUCUGAUUGACCUUUUCCUCAAAAUUCAAAAGGAUAAAAUCCCGUUUGUCUUAUGUGAAGUGUGACAUCGAUUUGUUUAUUGUGGCUCUACUUGAGUCGGACUGUGUCCAAUAGUGUAGAAGUAUUACAAAUGACAAUACGAUGACUAUUUAUAUUAAUCACAUUAUUAUUUUCUUAUUUCACGCUUAGAAUAAAUCGAAAGAAAAAACUUUAUUUCAAUCAUUUCUUUUUUAUAAUUUAGCCUGGUAGUGAUCAAAGUCCAUUUGCUGUUCUUGUUAAGCGUCUUAUUGAAAGUAAUGAAGAAAUGCGAGCUCAAGUUGGCAAAAUAAAUCGUCUUGUACCACAAGACGAUGAUAAAAAUCGUUCAUUAACUCUCGAUUCAAAUACUAUAUCUUCAAUUGAAGCAUCUAUUCGUAAUUUAGAUCGUUUAACAAAAACAUUUCAUGAAAUAUGUUCUGGUUUAACAACACAAAUUCUCUUACUUUCUGAUGCUAAUGAACGAGUAAGCACACAAGAUAUAGAAAAUAUAGCAUAUCAAGCAUGUGAUAAAGUCUAUAAAAAAGAAGAUAGUGGUCCAUAUGAAAGUCUUUGGGAUUCCAUGCAUGAAACACUUUCUACAUUAACAACAAUAAGUAAUUCAUUAGAAACAGGUUCAUACGAUUCAACACCCACGGAACAAAAUUCUAAACAAUCAGUUUAUUUAAUUGCUGAACAAUUUAAAACAUCAAUAAAUCAAUCCGAUUUAAUUCGUAGUAAACUUGAAUUAAAAGAAGAAGAAUUAUUAGAUGUUAAAAAAACGCUUAAAAUAAAACAUGAUGAAUUAAGUGAAUUAAAUAUACGUUUAUCAUUAAAUGAAAAAAAAAUUGAAAGUUUACAAAAAGAAUUCGAAGAUAAAGAUAAUAAAUAUAAACAAAUGUUAGAAGAAGUGAAAAUUGAUGGACAAAAAAAGAUUAAACAAUGUGAAGAAGCUAUAACUGUUUUACAAAAUGAUAAUGAACAACUUGAACAAGAAAAAACUGCAUUGAAAGAACGAUUGAAACAAUUAACAAAAAAUAAACUUGUUGAUGAUUUAAUGCAGAAAAAAAUUGGCGGAACAUUAAAAACUUCUACAACGGAUGAACGAGUAUCUCUACACCCUCAAUUAUCAUCACCAUCUGUUGCUGAUGGAAGUUUCGUAUCAACAACAAAUGAACAAGAAACUGCAGCACUUCGAAAUACUGUACGACUUUUAAAAGAUGAAAUAUGGCAUCUAAAAAUGAAUCGUGCAUCAGUUGAAUUAGCUAAACUUGAAAUACCAACACCAAUUACGAAAAUAAAUGAAAUAGCUGAUAUAUAUAAAAGUUCAACAUUACUUUUAAAUGUAUGUAUAUCAAUAAGAGAUCAUUACACUAAUGUCAAUAUGUAGAAUUUCAUGUUUUUCUUUUUGCUAAAAAUAUAAACAUCUUUGUUAACGAGCAAACUAAAAUGAUGAGGGGAAAAGUUUAACAAUAAUAUAUUGUUUUUUAGUCUAUAAUGUCAAACAAUUAACUCAAACUGAAAUAGUGAUUUUAAUAACUGAACAUGGUAAUUUUCAGAUCCAAGAAGCUAUUCUUUAAUAAUGCCAUUUCAAAAAGCGCAAAAUGACGUGUCGGCGGAUUUUCUACGACCUUCUCC